AUGACAACGGAGCCCUUUUUUAACGCAAAACAUCUGAACAAUCGUUUAGAUGAGAUUGAACAGAACAAGCCAUGGGUUGAGAAGUAUAGGCCAAAAAAAUUGGAAGAUGUUACUGCUCAAAGUCACACAGUAAAGGUUUUAAAGAAGACUUUGGAAUCUGCAAAUCUGCCCCAUAUGUUAUUCUAUGGUCCGCCUGGCACUGGUAAGACUUCGACUAUCCUAGCACUCACUAAGGAACUUUUUGGUCCAGAAUUGAUGAAAACUCGAGUCUUGGAACUAAACGCUUCGGAUGAACGUGGUAUAUCUAUCGUAAGGGAAAAAGUCAAGAAUUUUGCAAGAUUGACCGUUACAACUCCUUCCAAAGAAGACUUAGAAAGACAUCCAUGUCCUCCAUACAAGAUCAUUAUAUUAGAUGAGGCUGAUUCUAUGACAGCUGAUGCUCAAAGUGCUUUACGUAGGACGAUGGAAACUUACUCAAAUGUGACAAGAUUUUGCCUAAUUUGUAAUUAUGUUACUCGAAUCAUCGAUCCCUUAGCCUCCAGAUGUUCCAAGUUUAGGUUCAAGCCUCUGGAUAACUCAAACGCGCUGACUAGGUUACAAUAUAUCGCUUCCGAAGAGUCUUUAACCCUUGCAGAUGGUGCCUUGGACAAGAUAUUGGAUAUUUCUGAGGGUGACUUAAGAAAGGGCAUUACAUUGCUGCAGUCAGUAGCGAAGGCUGUUGCCUAUUUAGAUAACGCAGAGAUCACUACGUCUCAAGUAGAAGAAUUAGCUGGUGUUGUUCCAGAACCUGUGUUACUCGAGUUGGUGAAUAAAAUUGAAUCUAAAGAUUUGAAAGAAAUCAUCAACUACGUUAAUAGUUUCAUUAAAAGUGGGUGGUGCGCUGCAUCCGUCAUUUCGCAGUUGCAUGAUUACUAUGUCAAAAAUGAUGAACUGGAUACUGAAUUCAAAAAUAAAUUAUUCCUGUUGUUAUUUGAAACAGACUCCAGGUUAGCCAAUGGAACGAAUGAACACUUGCAACUGUUAAACUUAGCUGUGAAGAUUUCACAACUAUGA